AUGCUUAGAACUAAAAGAUUGCUUGAUUUGCUUAUAAAAAGACUUGAAAAUAAUUUAGCUUUUUCUACAAAUCACACAGUAUCAACAUCAGAGACUAAAAAGACUGAUCCUCCUUCUAUUGAUGAAAUGUUUUUACAAAUAGACAUUCGUGUAGGCCGAAUUAUUGAAUGCUGGAAGCACCCAGAAAGUGAAUCACUUUACUGUGAAAAAAUUGAUAUAGGAGAAGGAGAACCAAGAGAAAUUGGAUCCGGACUGCAAAAGCAUGUUCCUUUAGAAUCCAUGAGCGGACUAGUUUUAGUUGUAGCGAAUCUCAAACCUAGAAAACUUGCAGGAUUCUUAUCAAAUGGAAUGGUUUUAGCUGUUUCUCAAGAAAAUAAAGUUGAUUUACUUACUCUACUUUUAAAUUAGAAGCAAAAUAUCCAAUUUUUGGGUGAAUUAAUAAUUCUUGCUGAUUUAACUUUGAAAUCUAAUUAAUCCCCAUAAUCAAAUUUUUCCUAUAGCUUGCUUAUUUUAAGGGAAAAUGAAUUAAAAUACAAUUCAAAUAACGUUAACACUUUAAAUCUAAAUAUAAAUUAAUUUUUGAAAACUUUACGAUUUACUUUCUCAAAGAUCCUAAAAAAAUUAUAGCCCCUCUUUAUAUGGAACAGAUUAUUUUUCCAAUUUAAGGAGAGAGCUAGACCGCCUCAGACUGCUAUUACUGGCGAAAGAAUUGGAAUUUUUGGAUUAAAAGAUCCUGUACAAGAGCUGAUUUUGCCUACUCUAAACCCGAAGAAAAAAAUUAUGGAGUCUUGUCUGCCUUGACUCAAAACAGAUUCAGAAGGCUAUGCUUGUUUUGGUGACAAAAAAUUGUUAACAUCCCAAGGUCCAAUAGUCAGUCCAUUUAAAAAUUCUCAAAUUUCUUAA